AUUGGAAGAAAAGAAUUAUUUGAAUACUACGUCGAUAAUGAUGGAAUUAUAUCAACCGCUAAAUUUUAUAAGACAGGGUGCAAUGAUUAUUAUAAAUAUGUUAAGUACAAAGAAAGGCUCUAUUAUUAUAUUAUGAAUCUAUUUUCUAUCUCAUAUAAUGUUGGCUAUCCAAAUUUUUUUGUGAAAUGUAAAGAGUACCAUCCAGAAAAUGUGUUACCUGAGAUUAUAUGUUACCACGAUAUGAAAAAAAGAAAAAUCAGCAAGCACAAGUUAAUGCACAAGAUCAAACACAAGCACAAAAAUAGCACCCUCACCCCCUCUCCAAACAUGUAUUACAGAAACUCAUG